AUUCCAAAAUCGGGUCGCAGACCCAUCGUACGUGCGGUCGGCUUGACUAGGGCGCGCUUACGUCACCAGCCAGCUGAAGGUCAAAGGUUAUUGCAUAACAUGCAGUGCAAAGAGCUGUGUCGGAUCGUGAGCAAAUUCUCUGAUAUUAUUUUAGGAAAUUCUGGAGUUGAUUAAAAGGUGUAAAUGAAGUAUCAUGUUUCCUGAGGCUGAAGCUAGUGAAUCGAUAGAAGCUGCAUCAACUGAAACCAUGGCUGGUCCGGCGAUUGGCACGCUUGAUAUCUUCCUUCUUGGUCUGAGUGUAGGAGUGGGUGUCUACUGGUUCUUCUUCCGCAAAAAGGCUGAGAGCAAGACAGAAGGUCUUGUUAAUCCCAUUACAAGUUCUUCAAUGACUAUGAGUUCCAGUAGUGGGUCAGGAUUUAUCCAGAAAAUGAAGUCAUCUGGUAGGAAUGUUGUUGUUUUCUAUGGAUCCCAGACGGGUACAGGGGAAGAGUUUUCCAGUCGGCUGGCCAAAGAAGCCCAGCGUUAUGGUCUGAAGGGCAUGGUAGCAGACCCGGAGGAAAACGAAAUGGAGGACUUGUCUCAGUUAGCUGACAUUGAAAACUCGCUUGCUAUCUUCUGUAUGGCUACGUAUGGUGAAGGAGAUCCGACAGACAAUGCCCAGGAGUUCUAUGAUUGGUUACAGGAUGGCAACGGUGACCUUACAGGGGUCAAGUAUGCUGUUUUUGGCCUUGGCAACAAGACCUAUGAACACUAUAAUGCCAUGGGCAAGUAUUUGGACAAACGAUUAGAGGAGCUUGGUGGGGAAAGAAUAUUUGAACUUGGAUUAGGAGAUGAUGAUCAGAAUAUUGAGGAAGAUUUUGUAACAUGGAAAGAUCGUUUCUGGCCUGCAGUCUGUGAAUAUUAUGGAUUAGAAGCAACUGGAGAUGAAUCAAAUAUACGUCAAUAUGCUGUAACUGAACACACCGAAGAUGUCCCUGAGAAGGUGUUUACUGGAGAAGUGGCUCGGCAUGGUUCGUUCAGGAACCAAAAACCACCUUAUGAUGCCAAGAACCCGUACCUGGCACCAAUCGCCGUCAAUCGUGAGCUUCAUCAAGGUGGAGAUAGGUCUUGUAUGCACAUUGAAUUUGACAUCUCAGGAUCAAGAAUCAGGUAUGAGAGUGGUGACCAUGUUGCUGUGUAUCCUACCAAUGAUCCUGAAUUAGUUGCUGCUAUUGGUAGGAUCCUGGAUGCCGAUCUCAGUAGGGUCUUCACCCUAACCAAUGUUGAUGAGGAGGCCAGUAAGAAGCAUCCGUUCCCUUGCCCUACCAGCUACCAGACUGCCUUUUCUCAUUACCUGGACAUCACCUCAUGUCCUCGAACCAACGUCCUCAAGGAGAUCUCAGAGUAUGCCACCGAUCCUGCAGACAAGGAAAAACUACUUCUCAUGAGUUCUGCAACUCCAGAGGGCAAGAAAGAAUACAGUGACUGGGUGAUCAAGUGCCAUCGGAACAUCGUUGCCAUCUUAGAAGACCUUCCAUCCGUCAAGGUUCCGUUGGACCAUCUCUGUGAAUUGCUUCCUCGUCUGCAUGCCAGAUAUUACUCAAUUUCUUCAUCACCAAAGGUAAGCCCAGACAAGAUUUCCAUCACUGCGGUUCUCAUCCGUUACACCACGCCCACGGGUAGGAUAGGGAAGGGCGUGGCCACCAACUGGCUCAAAGAUAAGAUCCCCAAUGGGCCUGAGAACACCCACAGAGUGCCCAUCUAUGUGCGCAAGUCGCAGUUCAGACUACCAUUCAAGACCACCACCCCAAUCAUCAUGGUUGGACCAGGUACUGGUCUGGCUCCUUUCAGGGGGUUCAUCCAAGAGAGGGACUUCUACAAGAAAGACGAGACCAAAAAGGUCGGUGACAGCAUCCUGUUCUUCGGCUGUCGCAAGAGCACCGAAGACUACAUCUACAAGGACGAGCUAGAGGAGUACACGAAGAAUGGUACCUUGACAGACGUCCAUGUAGCCUUCUCCAGGGAGACGUCGGAGAAGGUCUAUGUGCAGCAUCUGAUGAAGAAGUGCCAGAAGCAGAUCUGGGGUAUGCUGGAGAAAGGCAGUCAUAUCUACGUCUGUGGUGAUGCCCGCUUCAUGGCUCCGGAUGUCCAGCGUACCAUCCGAGAGAUCAUCUGUCAGGAGGGCGGCAAGACCCAAACAGAGGCAGAGGAUUAUAUCAAGAAAAUGCAAUCAAAGGGACGCUAUUCUUGUGAUGUUUGGAGCUAAUCCUCGUCUCCUACCCAGUCUGAUUUUGUAAUGUGAAAGGGAUGUGGUGACUUUGAAUAUAUAUGAGCUGUAAGGCCCUCUUUGCUGCCUGUGUAUGUACUGUGGUGUAAACAAAAUCAGUUCCUGAAAAAAAAAAUGAUCACAAAGCAGAAGUGUCAAAUACAGUUAGAGAACACAUUUUUUAUAGAGAACCCAACCCCCCCCCCUUUUGUAAUAUUUACUGCAGUAUUGUAUUUAGGUGUACCUCAGUAUGGUUUUCUAAAUGUUGGUGUUGAUGCAAUUCCAUAAGAAUAUCCACAUUUUUGUAUGCCCGUCCCCAUUUUUUUUUCCAUUUUUACUUUAAAGUACUUGAGCCUUGUUAAUCUUAGAGCAUAGGCAAAUGUUCUUUGAACUUGAAAUCAGAGAUGAAUCAUGACAAAAAUUUCCAGCAUGUAAGGGGUUGAACAGAAAUGUAUUAUGGGAUUUCCCAUUUUGUCAUAGUCAUAGAAGUCUUGACAAUUGAUAUAACCAAUGGCUUAUAUUCUGGGAUAUGCUUGUACGCUCCUGCAUACUCCUGUAUGCUUGUGUAACAAAAAGCUUAGCAUCUGAUUGUAGGGCUGAUUUUUACAUUGGAAAGCAUAGGUCACCCACCAUGUGCAAUCAAUCUUAUACAUCAAUUGUACGGUCAGUCGCCAAGUUUUGUGUGGUAGGGCCCUGGAAAUCAGUAGAAAAAACCCAGACAUGUAUGAAUACAAUUCAUUUCAUCACGCCACCCCUAACAAAGUUACCAAAUUCAGGUUUAUUAUACUCCGCUUUACAUUGGACAUCCUUGGUCUAUUUGCAUAUAUCAGAUUGGAGUUGUGUUCAUCUUUUUAUUCUUAUAUUUUUAGAAUAAAAUUGGUAAAGCCUUAAAAUGGGAAUGCCUAUUAUUUAAUAUUUAUGUAUAACAUGAUGAACAAACCCUUUUCUCAACCCCAGCCUUUUUAUUGCAGUUGAUGUCUGCAUAAUGUUUAUAAAUUUUCGAGAUGCAGAAACUUAUUCCAGUGAAGAUUUAGUGAUUAUUUGAAAAGGAAGUUGGUUUUGAAUAACUUUCCUCAAAAGGGAUGGGAUCGCUUAGGCGCCUCAACAGAAUUCUGUGCCACUUUUGGCUUUGUCUUUUAUCAUCAAACCCAUUCAGCAUCUUUUUCCUUUUUAACACUCUCAUUUUCUUCAUUGACAAAAGAAUGGGUUAGGAGCAUCAGGGAAAGCUGCUCUAAAUUUCUGCAUACGGAGUAGCUGCUAAAGACAAUGUACACAUUAAUCCUUUAUUAAAGAAGUAGGUAUUACUAAUAAGGGCCAUAGCAGACCUCACUAUCAUUGUUAUAUAAGAGAAUGUUACCUUUUUUUAUGGUAUCAUCUGAAAUUGGAAUAGUAAUCAUACUGUUUAUAAUAAUGUGAAACACGGAUGAUUGUAUUAUUAAGUACUUUGUCAAUGUAUGGAACUUGAUAUAAUUCUUGUAUAAUUUAUAUUAGAACUGGAUGGCACUUCCAGAGAAUUACCAAUGCAGAUAAAGACUUACUUUAGACAUUGGUAUCCUCGUGUUAGACAGUAAUGUAAAUUGGACAGCCUCCUUCCAGGUUAAGUAUGAAUUUGAAUGAAUUCAUUACAAUGUUGCGCACUCAUGAAAAUAAUUUAUCUGGUAACUUACUGUUUGUGUCACAAUAUUGUACUUUUUAUUUUAUUAAUAUCAGAUAAUUGAAAACAUGGUUCAAGCUUUUCUAUUUCUUUGCAUGAUUAAAAUUUAAGCUGUUAUUCAUAUUGUUUUUUUUUUGUGUGUGUGUCUUGUGUAAUUUAAGUGAAUGUCUUCUCACUUUUAUACCUGUAUAACAACCUAACCUCACAAGAGUGUCAACUAUCAAAUGUUUCUAACUGCUAUUAGACAGACAUGGUGGUACUGGUCACCAAAUUGAAUACUUUUUAGGAGAAUGUCAGAGGAAGUUCAAGUAUAUGUCAUAUUCUUUAUGAUAAUCCCAGAGUUAUUUUUUCAAGAUUCUCUCUUGAUCUUUAUUUUACAGAAUGUUGUAUGCGCAAAAUAUUUGCUUAUUUUUUGUAUUCUAUUAUUAUUCUAGAUUUUGGAGAUGUUUACUCUGCAAGGUGCUCAUACAGUGAGAGAAUUAAAGACAGUACAUGAUAUCUUUAAUCUUAUCAUAAUCUUUUUGACAUAAAUAUUGUUGGAUAUUGGACAGUAAAAAUGGGCAUUGAACUGCAUACUCAUAGAUAUAAACAGAAUAAUAGAAUUCAUUCUUGCAUAUGGUAGGGGCUGUGUUUAUGAACCUUUCGCACAGGUAGUUAACCAACGUUGUCACUGCGCAGCUACAUUGACCUGGGGGGUGUUUCACAAAGACUCAGUGUGACUUGGAGUCAUGCUUAAAAUGCCGAUGCGCAUAUGGUGCAACCUUAUUGAUUGGUACGCAGGAGCGCGUAUCCUCUUGGCAAGAUUUGACUAAUGGGGUGUUGCGUUUUAUUCUGCACGCAACUGGGAAUUCAAGUGUGACUCCAAGUCAAACUUAAUUCUUUGUGAAACACCCCCCUGAGCUAUACUGACUUGAGAAAGAGGGGUCACGUUUGGCGCAAGCGCUUUUUACUUGGCAUGACACAGGCAUUUGCUCUGAGUUAUUUAUACGUUCACUGAAGCAAGAUGACGUGUGUGAUUAGUAUUAUGCAUCCUUUUCUGGAAUUAGUAUUCAUAUUAAGUAUCAACUCUUUAAAAUUGCAGCUUAAUUCAGGGUUUUUGGUAUUCUGGAAAAUUGAUUGUUAUAAUAACUUAUGGAUUUGGACUGUCCUCUGAUUUAUCACACUGAAUUUUUUUUUUUUUUUGAUGCGGAUUACUAAUAUUUACAGAAUUUGCAAUUACUAACAGUGCCGUUCAUUUUGUUUGGGUGAGGACAAUUUUCUUUUUCAAUUUUUUAGAUUUGUUUUAAAAUUUCAUAUCAGAAGUGCUUUCUUUAAUGGCCUUUUAUUUACCUUUGCAUAGUCAAAGCAUCAUGUACAGAAUUGAAAUUAAUAGAAUUACAAUGUAUUGAAAAAUCAGUAUUUAGAUAUUUAUCGUUUAUGGCUUAGAUAUAUCAUGUAAUGAACUGAAUUUAUGAAAUGAUUGUUGUGUCGAUGUAUCAAAUAAGUGUGAUAUGUAUAUCGCUAUAUAAUUGUCCAUUGAUGAAUAGUUAUAUGUAUUAGAUUAUAUUGCAUUCCAUUAUGUUUUUCAUUUCACAAACUUUUAAGUGUAGAUUGAAUUGUCUUUUUUAUUUUUUUCUCAUUUUGUUUUCCCCUUUUUUUUAAGGAGAUAAAUGUUAUAGCAGUUGCAUUAAAGUGGUUGGUUUUUACCAUGCAAUUUAGAUUUUUGGUAAGCAAAAAGGAACACUAGGAAAUGGUUGUUUUGAAAAUGAGUUUCAUAAGUAUUAGUGUUUAGAGUAUUACAAAAUUAAUAUGAGAAUUAUACCUGCUAACGAAGGAAAAACCUGUGUCUAAGAUGUAACCUGACAUUUCACACUAUGUUGGCUGCAGAAAUAUCUUCAAGUUCCCACUUCUCAAUUGAAAUGUUGUAUGGACUAGCCAAAGAAAUGUGUACAUAGAAUACUAUAAGUGCACUAGCUCUGAAUGAACAUCCAAGUGCCACUGGUGUAGCCCUGUCGAACUCCAGUUAUGUGUGUUCAGUAUGUUUAUAUUCAUAUACACCUUCUUGUGAAGAAUCAGUAUUCAGUCUUGAAAACGAUACUUGAUGUGAUAAUCUAGAAUGAUGUAUUUUGAGAAUGUAGAAAAUACUUGAGAAUAGGUCAGAAUUAUUGCACGUCAAUAGUUUUCACUUGUUGCCAGUUGCCCGAUAGUCUGCAGGUAUCCUUCCCCCCUUUUUUUACAUUUGUAGUGUGAAAGUCCAGAAAAAAUAGGGGGUAUUAUGACAAGAGUAAGCUAUUCACAUGUUCUCACACAAAAUGGAAGCAUUUAAGAUGUUAAGAUUCUCUGAAGAUGAAAUUAAUGUUCUUAAAGAGUGUGAUAUUGCUCAAGGUUCUUUCACAAGAUGAGAGCAUGGGUCGGAAUAAAAUAUCAGUACUUGUUCAGAUGUCAGUGGAAAUGGGGAACAUCCUAGGAUAACAUAAAUCACUUCUUCCUUUCAAAAUCUGAAUAUACCUCAAGGGUUGAUCCAUCAUAUAAAUUACUCAUUAAAUGCCAAUUCAGGCUGACUCUGUUGGAUGUGAAUCCUAUGUGAAUCCUUUUAGGCCCUGUCUUAGAGAGACUUGUAAUUGAUGAUCUCAUUUCAAUUACAGAAUUCCUUUGGAUCCAUAAACUGGAAAGUAUAAAUCAUUCUAAAAUGUUCUCCAAACUUGUUGAAAAUGUGUGUGUGCAUGAUUGUUUAGGUUACCAAUGGACAGUGUAUGUACCUUCUGGAUGACUAAUAAUGACAAUGGCAGCUGUCCAGAGUUGUGAUUGGUUAGAUCAAUUGCAGUGCUUUGUAAGGCGGGGCUCGGCAUAAAAGAUAUCAAUUGUCAAAACUUAGUGUAAUGCUACAGCCACAUCAAUGUAAUCAACUUCAAACUGAUCAAUGGUAUGUCAUUGGAUAUCACAUACUAGAUUUGGGACCCGUUGCAUAAAGAUGGGUUUAAACACGACUCAAAAUUCAAUCGCAAGUCCCCUAAUACGCGCAUUUCAUUCAUUGAAAGUCAAGUUGCAUUUGAUUUUUUUAAGUUGCAUUUGAUGGUUGUUCUUUCUGCAAAGGGCCCCAGGUCAGUCUUUAGUCAGGUUUAUGCCAGUGAGAGCCUUGGCAUUACUGUUUAGUAAUCUAUUGCAUGCUGUGAAUUGAAAGUUACAACCAAAUGUAACUAUUGAUAUAUCCCUUUAUGUUAAAAGGCCCUGCUGUUUGGAUCACAUUUAUACAGGAAUCUUGGUUCAAAGCUCACAUGACAAUCUUCAAUUCUUGGGAAUAUGCGUUGGAUGUUAUUGGCAGUCUUAGGAAUAGGAAUGUCUAAACUUGACAUUGUGAUUACUGUAAAAUAAUUAGUCUUUAAAUGUGAAGACAAGGAAGUUCUGUUCAGAGCUGUUUGUAACCUUUAGAGAUAUCACUUCACACUAUGUGUAUAUACUCAAUAAAAAGGUGAAAGAAGUUUGUAAUGAGUACUGUCAGUGAAAUCAGCAGAUGUGUGAAUGUAAUCUUUAAACAAGAUUUUCAUUGUGAAAUGAACUUUUUAACCAUACUCAAAUGUGAGUUUUGGAACAAGAUUUUAUGUAAAUGGUAUGUUUAUCAAAGAAUCAUGAAUAAACCUAUUGCUCAAGCCUUUUCUACUCAAAUUGCAACAAUAUAACAAAUACAUAACCAGUAGAUGUUUGGCAGACGUUCUUACUUUAUUAGGUCAUUCUUUGCCAUCAACAUUUGUAUAAAUAAAAUGAAUGUUAAACAUAAUUUUUGAUAUAAAUAAAAUCAGGUUUAAAGAUAAAUAAA